GCGGAAGUCGGCGGGACCGGCGGUGGGCGCGCUGCUGCCUUCGGGAGCACGAGGAGGCCGCCUGAGCAGGGCCUGGAGCUGGGGAUGCAGCAGCUGGCGGCGGAGGAGGGCGAAGGCGACGAGGACGAGGGCCCCGGCAGAGGGCUGUCUACAUGCCUCUUCUGUGGCCGCUUCUCAGUCGUGGAUGGGGAGGGCUGUUUGUACUGCGAAGAGGAUGAAGAGGAUAGUUUCAGCUACGAGGGCUGGGAGACCUACAGUGAGCCUGACGAGGAGGAGGAGAAGACCCCGAGUGCGAGUCCAGCUACUUUCUGCGGCUUCAAGAAAUCCUUCCUUUGCAACUCCUCUGUGCCCACUCCUUCAGCCAGGAAUAGUCAGGACUUCUCCCUAAGCUUUGUUCUGCCCCAAAAGCAGCAGCUGACAGCUGAGGAAGCCGAAAGGAAUGCCGAAGAGCUCCUGGCUGAGGAGGAGCGGGCCAAAAAGAAGGCUGAGAAGAAGAGGCUGAAAAAGAAGCGGCAAAAGGACAGGAAGAGACAGGAGAAGCGCAACCAGGAGUUAGAAGCAAAGAGCCAAACUCGACCAGCUGACUCCUCAGAUUGGAAGCAGGGAGCCCCCCCGGUUGAUGUUGCAAAUGGGCUGAGGCCUGGGCCUCCUGGAACAGAAGGCAGCCCCUCCCAAGGCCCCCCGGAGAGCCUGGCCUCCCCAGGCUGCAGCACAGAGGAGGAGCUCGAAGAGGAGCUUGAUCUGACCAGCACGUUUGUCUCAAAAGCUCGCCUCAAAGUGAGCACCAAGGCCCCUCUGCACAAGGUGGAGAAGGUGGAGAAAGGGAAGACGGAGAAAGAGAAAACUGCGCAGCCGGAGCAGCAGGAGGCUCCGAAGCCUGACCCCCAGAAGACCCCUGUUGAGCAAAGCCUGGUUCUGGCUGAUUGUGGAACGGAGACCGCCAAGCGCGGAGGCUACUGGGAGGCCGUGCUGCUCUUCACAGAGGCCGUCAAGCUGAACCCUCGGGAGUACAGGUUCUUUGGCAAUCGCUCCUUCUGCUACGAGAAACUGCAGUGUUACCCAGAGGCCUUGCGUGAUGCCCAGGUGGCCCUCCGCCUGCAGCCCGGCUGGCCCAAAGGGCUCUUCCGCCAGGGCAAGGCUCUCAUGGGUCUCAAGCAAUAUGCAGAGGCGGCCAGGACCUUCAAGGAGCUGCUGCAGGAGGAUGGUUUCCGGGGCGAUGCCGCUGCUCAGCUGCGCCGGUGCCACCUUCACCUUCUGCUGCAGAACAGCGUUGCUCCGUGUGCUGCCUCUCUGCCUGCAUGGAAUGGCCCGGCCCAGGGGACCCAGCUGCCCUUCCCAGGCCCCCUUCACGUGGGUGAGGCGGACUCUCUCUUCUGCUGCAGGGAGUGUUUUGCUCUCUGGGUGGGGAACCUGGCGCCCAGUGUCUCCCAGGAAGCCCUGCUGCGCUGCUUCCAACCGUUUGGACCCAUCGAUUCUAUCCGCUGCCUCCCCCGGAGGUUCUGCGCCUUCGUCAACUACACGCGCCAGGAAGCAGCGGAAGCAGCUUACGUGGCUCUGCAGGGAGUGGAAGUGGAAGGAAGGAAGAUCCAGCUGCAGCUGAAGCACCCUGUGCAUGCCACCCCACCCGUCACCAAGGGCGCCAGCGCCCCCCAGUUGCCUUUGAAGAGGGAGCAAGCCCCCCUCCACGCUGCCUUGGGCUUUCCCCGGCAGAAUGCCAGUCGUGCCGAAGGAGACCGUGGCUCUUUUGGACCCCUCCCCCUGAGAGGAGCUGCGGCCAAGAACCUGCAGCCACUGUGAGCUGAGCUCCCCCGGGGGCAAAAUGCUGGACUCUGGGGCAGAGCCUCCUGGGGCGACCUGCCUCCUGACUCCCCGGCUGCUAUGAAGAUGGCAUAUAUUGCGGGGGGGGGGGGGGGCGUUCUGGCCCAAGCCUUUGCCUCCAGGCCUGCCCUUGGUCUUCGCCCCCCAGAGAGGAGCAGCAGGUGUCUCUGUGCAGCUGCCCCCUCCUCUGCUCGCAGCCCCACCCCCAUGGAAGGGCACACCUGCCGCAUUUUGCAAGGGGGCCAGCAGCCCCUCCUGCUGCUGAAGGCCGAGUGUGUUGCCCUCCUGCAGGCCGGACAACUGGGGGGGGGGGGGGAGACUGAGGUCCCAGUUGCCUGCUCUGCUUGGGAUGCAGGGAGAUUGAAGCAGGUUGUGCACGUGGGGGGGAGGUGGCAGCUUUAACCUGACCCCCCAUGGAAGGACGGGUGGACGGCCCUCGGCUGCAGGGUGGAGUUAGGGGCAGAGCUGUCUUUCCUGCUCUGCCCAUUCAGGGGUUGUUGCCUCUUGCGUCGUUUUACACUGUUUGCAAUAAAGUCAUGAGAAACCA